AUGUCACUUCAUGAUGCUGUAUGGGAUGGCGAUCUGAACCUUGCAGCAAAAUUGAUUGAAGAUGAUGGGGCAGAUAUCAACGAACCAGCGGACGGAGAAGGUACUUCACCGUUGCAUCUGGCAUGUUUUGCGAAUCGAUUGGAGAUGGUACGGUUACUUUUGGAUCGAGGUGCUGAUAUGGAGGCACAAAGAGCGGAUGGGUUAACGCCAUUUCAUGUCGCAAUGAUGAUGAAUUAUUUAGAUAUUGCUAGGUUUUUGUUGGAACAAGGUGCUGACAUUGAAGCCACAGUAAAUGGAAUGAGAGCAUUGCAUGGCGCAAGCAGAAAUGGUAAUGUUGAAGCUGUGCAGAUCUUACUGGAUCGAGGUGCUGAUGUCCAUGCAAGAGAUAAGGAUGAGUGGACUCCACUGCAUUUUGAGUGCGGAACUCAAAACGUUGAGCUUGUUCGCAUGUUAUUGGACCAAGAUGCCGAUGUAAAUGCCAAAACAAACACUGGACUGACGCCACUGCAAAUUGCCUGCCGAGUGGGCGACGAGGAUACUGUUCGACUUUUGCUAGAUCGAGGUGCUAGAAUACAUGAAACGGACAAAGAUCUAUGGACACCAUUGUAUUUCGCAGUCGGUGGGGGGCAUGUAGAGGUUGUCGAAUUGCUCUUGGAUCGGGACGCUGAAAUUGACGCGUUAGAUAAAAAUGAAAGCACCCCUCUAUUGCUUGCCUGUGGAGCUGGUUGGCUAGACGUAGCAUUGUGCCUUCUGAAUCGUGGUGCCAACUUGGAGUCACGUGGCAGAGACUCAAUGUCGGUACUGCAUCGAGCUUGUGUCCACUCACACUUGGAAAUCGCGAGACUAUGUUUGGAUCGAGGCGCCAAUAUAGAGGUUCAUACAGAGGAUCUACAGUGUACACCGCUGCAUUUGGCUUGUGCAAGCAAUCAUUUGGAAGUCGCAGAACUGCUUUUGGAUCGUGGCGCAAAUUUGGAAGCAAGACAAACGGAUCAAUUCACACCCCUACAUAUCGCAUGCAAAGCGAAUCAUUUGGAGGUUGCCCGUUUGUUGAUAGAUCGCGGCGCCAAUAUUGAAGGGCACGAGAAGACUGGGUUCACAUCAUUGCAUAUUGCAUGCAAAUGGAAUCGUUUGGACAUUGUGAGACUAUUGUUGGAUUGUGGUGCCAAAAUCCAAGCCAAAGCAAAGAACACACGAACAGCAUUGCACAUUGCAUGUCGGAAAGGCCAUCUAGAUAUUACCCGCAUGCUGAUAGAGCGAGGCGCCAGCUUGGAGGUAAAGACAAGGGAGGGGUUGACACCACUGCACGUCGCAGGGAAGAAUAAUCAUUCUGAUAUCGUAUGGUUGCUUGUACACCAAAGUCCGUGGCUACUGCUGGACCGUUCGUGA